AUGCGGCAAGAGCUGCCAACUGCAUCAUCUAUGCAUGACUGGAUCCAGCCCGAGCACGGCCGGAUGCUGGAGAUCUUGGGCAGGGGCCCGCAGAGGCUUCAGGGUCCCGAUCGUGACCUUGUGCUGGAAGGGGUGAAGAAUGGCUGUUUCCCUCACUUGUGGCACGAGGGUUCUCAGAUCGACGUUGGUCCGGGCAAGAAGGUGUACGUGGAUGGGACGCUCGUGCACCAUGGCUCCCUCUGGACCAGCAAAACUCCCCAACAACGCCAUCGAGAGCACGUCAGAAACUGCGUCAAAGAUUCUCAGGCCUGGCGGGAAAGGCAGGCGACCACGGACUUGGACUCCGUGGUGGAUGCUUUGAUUGAGCAGUUCGGAGAGUGUGAUUCCAACGCAGACAGAUGGUAUGUGCGCAAGCACUUUCCUGGUCGCUCGGUGAAAGU